AUGGCCUCUAUACCCAUCAAGCCCAUUUUCAUCCGCGGCAAUGACGCGUAUCACAUCAGACUUCUCUCUGUUAAGCUGACCGGCUCCUUCUCCAACACAGAAUAUAUCUAUUCUAUAACAAAGCCCGCUACAGUCUUCACUGUACUGCCAUACAAAGGGAGUGCCAUUGGCUGUCCUCCAUCACAGUGUUCUGCCCCCAAAGAGCUCCCAGGUCUUCUUUUGAUCUGUGAUACCCUGGAAAAACGCCAGGACUAUCAUCACAACAGCCCUCGGCGAGUAGUCAUGCCCGUCACAGUUUUCUUGGAGAAUGGGAUUUGUGUAGAGGCUGAAACUUAUGUCUUUCCCGUUGCAAGCAUCGAAGAAGAAUAUUGGGACGACUGGGAGUUACAUGCGUGUGUUUCCUCUGAGAGACCUUAUCCCAUCUCUUUCCCAGCACCAAAAGAGCGGACCCCAAACAUGCCAGGCACCGCAUACGAAGAUUCCACUGAUGACCCAGUGAGCGCAGAUCUGCCCGUUAAAGACCCAAAAGUAUGA